UUUUGGUAGUCAUGACAGCGCUGGGCUUAGUCAACACCCUCAGAGCCAAGACCCGGGCAGUGGAACCAGCCGCCCAAAAGGAUGGCGACUACGGAUGGGGAACGUACAAGGAACUGAGAGAUGUCGACACGAAAACUCUGACAAGGCAAGAGCUGCGGAGCCAUCUCGAGGCGCGAGACCUAGCCACCACAGGGAACAAAGGGCAACUAGCCCUGCGGCUAGAAGCGUCCGUGCUAGAGGAACAGAGCAAGGCCUAUGCGGACGCAGAAGAUGCGGAGUUUCAACUAGCAGCAGACCUGGAAGAGCGAGGAGGACACCGGUUAGGCACGGGAGCUUUCGACGAUGACGACGAGGACUUGUACAUGGAGCCCCGACCCAUCCGCGAUCUGGUGGGCGAGGAAAUCUGCCAGGCGGGCUCUAGUCACUGUCUUGCGGCGUCGAUGGGGGGUGAUCUGUACGUUUGGGGGAGGGGGGAAUCCGGACAGCUGGGGCUCGGGGACCGUGAGUCAAAGCAGAUCCCGAUUCUCAAUGCACGCUUUCCAGAAGGAACGGAGGUGUCGCAGGUUGCGGUUGGAGAGAACCACUCUUUGGUCUUGACAAAGGCCGGGAGCGUAUAUUCAUGGGGCCACGGAGAUCGAGGGAGGCUGGGGGUUGGUGCUUGCUGGAGAGUGGGGGUGCCGCAAUCUGAGAAGAACAUAUUUCCCACCCCAAUGCUCCUCCACACCUUCUCCAAAGAGAUCGUUCGACAGGCAAGUUACCCCAAACGCGAGGGCUGCGUGUUGGGGCACGGAGAUACCCGCACGCGAGAGACUCCUGUGCAGAUCGAAGCCUUAAAGGGGAGCAUGGUGCUUCAGGCGGAAUGUGGGACGUGGCAUUGUGCGGCACUGGUCUUGGUCCCUCCAUGCAAGGACGGGGGAUAUCUCUACACGUGGGGAUCUGGAUACCACGGUCAGCUGGCGCUGGGCACGCGGCAGGUGCAGCCGACGCCGGCGAUCGUGGCCAAGCUCCUCUCCACGCAGCAGCUGCUGAGGAAGGUCUGGUGCGGGUCGCACCACUGCGCCGCCGUAACCACCGAUGGCGAGCUGUACACAUGGGGGUCCAACCGGACUGGCUGCCUCGGGAGAGCUCUCCCAGCAUGGUAA